CCCCUUGCGGAAGUGACGUCACGGCGCUGUAAUUCAAACUGCAGGAAGCGAAAAGCAAGGGAACGGUCUUCCUUCCUGACACAACAAAAGAUUAAUUUGACGUCAAAGCGUCGAUUCUGUUCCGCUCCAACCCUCACAACCAAGAAAGCCACAAUGACAUCCAAAGGUGCAAAAGACACCUUGGUGGCCAAACUAGGCUUCAAAUCCAGCAGCUCAGCCUCUAAAGCCGAGGCGGAGGUGGAGAAGGUGAGGCGGGAGAAUGCUCAUCUCAGGAAGAAGAUUGACGAACUGGCCAAACGACACAUAAGACCGCCUGACUCGGACAAAAGCAAGCUGCUGGAAAGAAUUGUUUCCCUGGAGACGCUUCGAGUGAGGAACAAUCAACAGUUGCUGGUCAGAGAGCAAGAGCUGGAAGCUGUGAGGCAGCAGCUGACGGCUAAAGGCGGCGAGGUGGUGGCGGCGCUGCAGUCCCAGCUGGACCAGCGGCGGAAGGAUGCGGAGCAGAGAGAUGUGCAGUUCCAGAAUCUGUCGCAGGAGACGCAGAACCUGAAAAACAAGCUCGCCACCGUUUCUGCACGCUGCCAGACACUGGAGACACAAGCUGGGAACGGACAGGCGCCCCCUGCAGACCUGGUGGUGGUACAAGACCAGCUGAGAGAUGCGCUGGAGAAGAACCAGCAGUGGCUGCUGUACGACCAGCAGCGAGAGGCCUUCGUCCAGUCCGUCUUGGCCCGCACGCACGAGCUAGAGCAGCAUCUCAACCGGGCCAAGCAGCAGGACACGCCCACACAGGAGGUGGCGGCCGACAGCUCGCAGAAGGAAGCGCAGCUCAUGAAGGAAGUGGAGAAGCAAAGAGAUCAGAUAGAGAGAACACAGCAGGAGCUCCAAACCCAGAAGGAGCAGAACGUCCGGAGUCAGGGUGAUCUGCACCAUCAGUGCGAGCAGGUCGCCAGGUUGCAGGAGGAGAUGUCGGUGCUGCAGCGGCGCUUGGACGACAAAUGUGACGAGCUGGCGUGCCUGCAGAGGAAGUGCAAGGAGCGCAGCAAAGAGCUGGAAGAGACCAGGAUGCAGCUGCAGACAGAGCGCCACAGUAACAGACAUGCUGCGUCUGAGGAGAGGCAGGUGUCCUCGGAGCGAGUGGACAGAAUGAGGGUCGAGCUGGAGAGCGUGGACUUAAGACUGGAGGAGGAGAGGAAGAGAUCGGCUGAACUUCUGCUUCAAGUCAACGUGCUGCAGAAAUCUCUCCUGAACCAAAGCGAAGAGCAGAGGAGGAUUGCAGCACUGGAGCAGCAGAUCCAACUCUCGGCGAAAGACUUUGAGAACGAGAAGUUGGACCGUCAGAGCGUCCAACACCAGCUUCACAAGGUCCUCAAGGAGCUCCGCAAGGCCCGUGAGCAGAUCGCCAAGCUGGAGUCUUCGAAGCAGCCUAACAGCCGCUUCUCGGAGCCCAGCUCUUACAGCAAGCUGGAGCGGCUGGCCAUUGACGACCCGCGCUCGCCCACGUCGCCCUCCAAAUCCGGCGGCCUCCUGGACGAGAGCUUCCUGGAGUGUCCUAAUUGCCGCGUCCACUACCCCACCAGCCGCCACCGCGAGCUGCUGGCUCACAUCGACUUCUGCUUGGCCUGAGCGCCCUCAGCCUGCAGCACGUAAUCAUGAAACACACGCUUUCUUUUUAAAUAUCAUUUUUACCAGGCAGGCUUAUCAUGAGAAGGUAACAAUUAAGAUAUCAUUUAUCAGGUUAGAAGGGCAACUUUGGUCUGUGAAGUCCAAAUGAUGGUAUUUAAAUGCCAAAGAUUGACUAUACUUGAGUUUCUGCUUUGUUUUGUUUUUCAUAAGGUGCUUGUUUUUGUCAUAUUUAUUUUUGGGUUGGUUUUUCAGUGAGCUUCCAUCUUUUUAGGGCAACUUUAAUCAGUAUUUGCUCUUUUUAUAGGUAAAGGUAUUAUUUGUUUAUUUGAACUUUCUUUGAUGGUCUUGGCUCAAAGUUAUUGGUUUUUUUUUUAUAUAUAUUGUUAAAUAUAACCCUGAUAAUAGGGAUCAUCUUUACAUUCCUGCCUUCAACUAUCAUGAAAAAAGAUCAUGUGACAACCCUGAAUAUUUUUUUAAACCUGUUUCUGGACAAAUAUUUCAUGGAAAAAAACUUACAAUCUCAAAAAACACAUAUUGAGACCUUUUCCUCCUUUGGUGUGUGAGUGACGGGAUGAAAAGCUCCGACUUGUUUGGAAGAAAUAUAAUCAUAGGACAAAGCUAAUGUUUUUAAAUAUUGUGGUCACUCCGUUCUGCUUUUAACCAUAUAAGAAUCAUGUAUAACUUCAUUUGGCAGCACAGUUAUUCUCUUCUUUCUAGACUUUUGAGUCUAAUAUGUUGCUGCUUUUCCCUUUCAUCGCCACCAUGACUUGUCAUGGCGGCAACAAGAUUGCAUCGAGUUAAUUCCUUGUAAGAAACUAUUUAAGGCCGAGGAUUAGCGACGGUCCUCUCUCGGCCGGGUGGAAAGGUGUCUUUAUUCCCGCCCGCCGCCUCGGUAAUGAAACUCCUUCGAAGUUUGGGUUUUUAAAUCCUUUCGGACAACUUUCUGUUUUGCUUAUGUCCUUUCUUUUGUUGUGCAAUAAACUUUCAAAAAUA